UCUCUCAAACCCGGUUUUGGGUCUUGUAAACCGCCUCUCUCUCUCUCUCUCUCUCUCUCUCAAUUCCUUUCCACUUUUCUUUUCUCACAAAACACAGAACCCAUUCUUCUUGCUUUUCUGUUUUUCCACCGCCAUUGAAGCUAGGCUCCAAAACUUAAGGGUAAUUUCCUCACAGUAGUGGAUAUAUAGUUCACCUAUUUCAGUACUCUCUGUAAUGGAAGAUUCAUCAUUUUUGGACCGAAUGAUUGGUCAUCUUCGGGGAACUUGCAAGUACUAUACUGGUUAUCCAAAGGAUCUUGGACCAUCACGGGUUAUUCAUUUCACCUCUGAGCGUGAGUUUGUCAAUAUCCUUCAUGAAGGGUUUCCUGUGGUUGUUGCUUUUACUAUCAGGGGGAAUUACACAGAGCAUCUUGACAAAGUAUUAGAAGAAGCUGCUGCUGAGUUUUAUCCACAUGUAAAAUUUAUGCGUGUUGAAUGUCCUAAAUAUCCUGGGUUUUGUAUAAGUCGGCAGAAAAAGGAAUAUCCAUUCAUGGAAAUAUUCCAUAGUCCAACGCAUGUAGCUAACCAGGGCAGGGUAGCUGAUCCAAAUAUUACUAAAUACAAUGUGAAAGUCAUGCCUUUCAACUACGAUAUCAGUGUUUACGGAUUUAGAGAAAUCUUCAAGCGCUAUGGGAUCCGGGCAUCAGAUCCGAAGUAAUGAUCUAGUAGGAAGGUUUAUCUUUCAAAUAAUGAGGAGCCACACCAGAUUUACUAUUUAUUUUAUCAAUUUGUAACUGUAUAUCAUCAUAAGUUACAACUUCAGGCCAAUAGAUGGACAAUUAUAACUACCUGUUUUGUUGAUGUCUCAACCCUUAAAUAUAAUUUGGUUCAGUGCAAA